UCACUCUCUUCCCCAAUUUUGCAGAGUGCUCUGCAAGAAGCUUCUCACUCCGUCCUUCCCACUCCACUCUCACCGUCAUUGCAAUUGCUCUUCCCUGCCAUGUCGCAAACCCUAGCUCGUUUCAUCUACACUUCUCGCCGUCGUCUCACCAGCUCCAGCUUAAUCCUUCCAAAAUGUACCCACUCCUCCGCCGCCUCCGCCAUCACUCACCGAACUCCUUCACCUCCAAGUGCUACUCAUCAUCUCCUCCGCCGCCCUCCACUACCGUACUCGCUCUCCCAUGCUGGAGCAUCUUUCCGCACCUCUCACACCGCGACUCGGUGGCUCCAUUCCUACUCAGCUGGUGCCGAGACGGAGGGAGAAGAGGAGAUGACGGCACCGCCUGCCGGAGCUGGCUGCAGCGACAGUAAUCAGCACCAGCUCCCCUACUACCUCGUUGUUAUGGAUAAUCACCCUAGCUGCCAGCAAAUCGCCCAGAACCAACUCUUCAGAGACUCUUUUGUGAAGAUGGUUGAUCUCCUUCACAGGAUCCCGGGAGCUAAGAAGAAGAAGAACUACUUCUUAGAUUUUUAUGUUCGCGGGGAUCAGGUUGCGUUUGGUUGCAAGAUCAACACAGAGACAGCAAGCAAGCUUAAAGGAAUGCCUGAGGUUGCCAAUGUCAUUGACUGCAACAGUGAGCCUGCAAGUCUUCGUGGCGGCCAUUCUGACAUGACGACCGACUUGGGCUUGGAAAAUAAACAAGCGCUGCCUUACUGGCUCAUUCGCAUGGGUCAGCCCUGUGGCGAGGAACUCACCGAGCAGCAAAGGGUGGACUUCUCCAUGAUGAAGUUGGUCCCGAUCCUUGACAGCCUCCUGAACAAGUACAGCUUAGACAUUUUAAUCUACGAAGAUGAGGUCGCCUUUGGAUGCGAGAUCAGUGAGGAGACUGCGACAAAGCUAAAAGGAGUGCCUGGUGUUGUCGAUGUCUGUCAAUCACCCCGGACCCAUUCUGCUGCCUGCCACUUUGAAUUUUUUGCGAAGAGUGCGGGGCUUUAUGAAAUGCUUGACAACUCUUCUUCCGAUGAAGAGAUGGCAGACUUCGAGCCUUUGCCUCAAUUCCCUUCCUCAUUCUCCGAUUUUAUCGGUGAUCAGCAUAAGAAAUUGCAUCACUGGUUCAUUUUUAAGGAAAAGCCCCGUGACAGGGUGCUCACCACGGAGAGGGAAAUCGUGGAAUACUCCCUUCAGACGUUGUCCCCUGUUUUAUUCGACGGGUAGACUUCACAUUAAUCUCUCCCGUAUCAUUUAUUCGCGUCAGUAUAGUUAGUUACAUUUGACAUCGUUUGGUUGUGCUUGUGCAUGCAUGUGUUGUUUGUUUACUACUUGUUUCUUAAUCUGUCGGUUAGAGUAAGAAGGGAGAAGGGAGCGGCGCCAAAGGGAAAACUGGAGUUGGCCUUCUAUCUUUGCGACAAUUGCUUUGUUUUCGGAUUGGACAUGGAAGACGAGAGUGCAAGCAAGCUGAAAGGAAUGCCUGGUGUACUCAGUGUCAUCCGUGAAGGUGGUGAUCAUUACGAGAAACUGCAGUACUUGCUGGUGAAAGAAAUACCCUACUGCGCUCAUUUUAAGACGAAGUUUUAUGUGAAGUCGGAACAAAAUGAAGGUCUAUUUACUUUGGAUAGGUAUGUAGUACUGACUAUUGGUAGCAAAGGGGGAUGGGAAAUGCUCCGACGAAGUUUUUCAAUACCGAUCUCUUUAGAGUACAAGAUGAAGGUGUAGGUAGGGUUUAUGUAAAGUUGGGAACGCAGGGUAAGUGAAAAGAAGCAUAGGGAUGAUUGGGGGGAAGUUUUUUUGUGGCUAAGGCAGGAAGUUUUUGGGUCUGUACAGAGGAAUGCUACCUUAGGUUUUCUGAUGAGGAGUCUAUUCUGGUCAGUGUAUAUUCGUGGUAUGUAAUGUUAACGAUCAACUUUCGGAACAGCAGUCAAGGUCGUGCAUUUGUCAAUUUCUAGUCAAUGUUGUGGGUUUACCGUUUGAACCGUUCCUCAAUUCAACACUUGUUGUUUGUUCGAAUUUUUUUC